AUGCUGCAUAUAAGACCCUUAAGUGUAAUGCAAACUUCUGAAACAUCUGAAAAGAUAGUCUUGCGGAAGUCUCCGGCGUAUCACAUAAACAAUUUACUGAAUACUCAGUCAGCGCGUCUUAGUGGUGAUGUUUGUGGGGCACGUUUAUGCGCAUCGAAUGCUUAUCUCAUUUCUGAUCAAGAGCGAAAGUGGCGGGAUGCUAUUUUAAAGUACGACUUCAAUGAAAUGUCUCGCUUACUUUCGAAUGAUCCUGAACUCGUCAAUUGGCGGGACUAUAUUACAGGAGUGAGUAUCUUCUACCUACUUUUAGUGUUGGACACUAAUCUAUUCUUUUUCUUAUCUACCCUUACCUUACAAUCGGUUAACCCCUGCGUUCCAGAACUUAAUGAUAUGAGUUUGGUUCGUCUUCUGGCGGGAACUUAUAAGGCGAACGUGGAUAUUCGCAACCAUGGUCUUACUCCUCUGCAUAUGGCUGCCAUUGGUGCUUCGGAAGAAGUAGCGUUCACUCUCAUGUCUCAAUUUAAUGCAAAAGCUACAGUGCGGGACUACAGUGGCAGGCUUCCAUUCAACUACUUGCCAGACACAGAAGCGGGAAAUCGGUUGAAGAGUAAGCUGAAAGUGCUACAGUAA